UACAAAAUAACUUUUUGGUGUGUUUUAUUUCAUCAUUUAUUAUUGUUCAAACUCAUCAUUUAUUAUCGCAGGAUUGUUAAAUAUCAGCUUGAGAAUUCAAAAGUUGUAUGUUUUCUUCUUAUAGUCAGUGUGUUCUAAUUUGACAUCACGCAACUCUUGAAUAUAGGAAAUGCAUUGGAUAUUGCCUUGCACCUUGUAUGUAGCAGUUAAUGGUUUUUCAGUCACUGGAAAUAUAGAAGUUCGGAAUUCCCAAAAUUCGUCAGGGAAGGAAUCCAUGGUGGACGGUAUUAUAAACGAAUUACAAGGCAUAUGUUUACCAGACAAUAAAAACAGAUCAGCCAAAGAGAUAAUACAGGACACACAAGAAAUCAUCAACAGUAUGAAAAUGUACAAGGAAAUUGUAAAAUUGAAUAAACAGUUGAAAGACGAAAUUCAAUGGAUUAUAAAAGAAUCAGAUGAUGAACAGCUAGUCUCACGGAUAUUAGGACUUAUGAAACGAGAUGCGGAAGGAAUCUGCGGAAACAAAAGAGCAAAGGACUGUACAGAGCUAAAGACAUACCACUCAGUAUCUGGUGUAUACAAGAUUCGUCCCGACACAAAUUUUUGCGAUGUGGAUGCUUACCAUGUUUAUUGUGAUAUGACAACUGAUGGUGGAGGUUGGACAAUUAUCCAGAGAAGACUAGAUGGGUCUGUGAAUUUUCAGAAAACGUGGACUGAAUACGAAAAUGGAUUUGGAAAUGUUAAUGGAGAAUACUGGUUAGGUAACAAACAGAUUCACAGUCUGACAUCUAGUGGUAAAUAUGAACUUAGAAUAGACCUGACAGACCAGUCCAAUACAAAGACGUAUGCUGUGUAUAAAACGUUUACGUUAGGCGAUGCAGCGUCUAAGUAUCAGCUGACUAUCGGGAAUUAUAGUGGAAUUGCAGGUGAUAACAUGGCUUAUCAUAAUGAGAUGAAGUUCUCAACAACUGACCAGGAUAACGACCAAAAUAGUGAUAAAUGUGUGGACAAGUAUGGGCCAUGGUGGCAUAAAAACUGUCUUUACAGUGGUCUUAACAAGGCAUUCAAAAACAACCUGUACUGGGCCUCUUUCAGUAGCCAGACAGCAACAACUUCAGUAAUGAUGAUAAGAAAACUACAGUAACUUU